GGACAAUAGAUUAUAACAAAUAAGACUGUCUUGGUCUUUGGUUGAUUAAUAGGCUGGUGUGAAAAAUUGCUGCCACAACGCCCCCUCAGCCUGUGGAUGACGGAAAGGCAGGAGGAGCAGAGACCCAAGGUGGUGAACUGAUCUUCAGGAUCCUGGAUGAUUCCGCAUGGCUUCAAGUCCAGAUCUUACAAUUAUGCUCCUGGGAAAUUCAGGAGUUGGGAAAAGUGCUUCAGGAAACAUGAUUCUGGGAUAUGAUGCUUUUGAGUCCAAACCGUCCUUCAGCUCUGUGACCAGGAAAAUCAAUGAAGCAACUGAAAGAGUGUUUGGGAAGCAGAUCUCCAUCAUCGAUACUCCAGGAAUACUAGACUUCAAGGAGGAGAUUGAAAGGUGGUGUCAUGAUCUCCUGCGGUCCUCAAGACCGUGUCUGUUCCUGUUGGUGAUCAGUGUUGGAAGGUUCACAAGGGAACAAAAGAAGGCUGCGAGGGAGACAAUUUCAGUGCUCAGAGUAGAAGACGAUGGGCUGGAAAAGAGCUACAUACUGUUCACAAACGGUGACGGCUUAAAGGAAAAAACAGUGGAGGAUUUUAUCUUUGAAGAUGAUGAAAGUUCACUUCCAGACAUUGUUAAAGAAUUUAAAGGGAAGUAUUACCUGUUCAAUAAUGAGACAGGAGAAAGGGAACAAGUGAAACAGCUGCUGAUAAAGUCAGGACACCUUCAAACAACAGAUCAACAAUCUCACCUCUCAGGUGCUAGCUGUGGGGCGUUUGGCAGACCGCAGGAUACGAGAGUCGUCCUGAUUGGUCUUCCUGAAGGAGGGAAGAGUUCAACAGGAAACACCAUCCUGGGAUGCAAGAUGUUCAGCACAGACUGUGACUUUAAUGCAGUCUGUACUGAGACUGUGUCAAAGUCAGCAGAGGUGGAGGAUCAUUGGCUGACGGUGGUCGACACUCCAGGAUUCACUGAUGAAAUAUUAACUCCUGAGCAGCUGCACAGGGAGAUGACAAAGACGUUUGUGGAGACCAGUCCAGGUCCACAUGCCUUCGUUAUUGUGGUCAAAAUAGGCAAGAUGUCCAAAGCAAAUACCACACUGCUUCAAAUAUUGCAACAGCUGUUUGGCAGUGGUGCUAAAAACUAUACCAUGGUACUUUUUACUCAUGGAGACAAGCUCAAAGGUCAGUCCAUUGAUGAGAUGAUUCAGUCCAACAGAUGUGUGUCUGAGCUGGUCUCCAUGUGUGAAGGCAGAUUCUGUGUGUUUGACAAUACAAAGAGUGGAAACAGACGGCAGGUUCAGACCUUGAUGAAUAAAAUAGAUGACAUAGUUAAAGCUAAUGGAGGAGGACACUACACCUCUGAGAUGUUUCAGAUGGCUGAGACGUUCAUUAGAGAAGCUGAAAGAACUCAGCACAGUCAGGCAGACAGCAACGAUUCGCCACAGCAAACAGCACAAAGGCGAAUGCUGCCUUUCUGUCAGAGGCUUUGGAAUAACAACUGCUGCAGUUUUCUGGCAUGUUUUUGUUGUUGUCGAAGCACAACGGACUCAGACGAUGAUCAGCAGCCGUUGCUUCAGCAAUAAAUCUAUGAUUGCAUGACAGUAACACAAAAUACCACUCAGUUAGGGAUCGCACCCCUCUGUUGUUAAUAGAAGUUAUUACCAAUCACACAAGUUUUCUUAGAAGAAGUAUUUGGUUUCUGCCUCUUUAACUUGUUGCACUGUGUUUAUAUUAGACAGCUUCCCAUGAUGUGCUUGAAAUAAUCAGGACCUUUGAUAAAUUGACCUCUCUCUUAAUCUGAGGCCCCAGCUGUCGAGGUACGGGGAGCAAAGGAGGGGGGGUUCAGUUUCAUUGGCUGUAGCACCAGGUCGGGUACGUAAGUGCCGAGGUAGGUAUCCCCAACAGAAUCAGUUUCCCCCGUGUCGGGAGCACGCAAACAGGAUCCCUCAUUCUUGAUUUUUAGUUCACAAAAACGUCUUACAAUGACUCCUGAAAUGUUGGAUUUUGUUGUAACCCACAAACUGAACGUUAACGUCAAGACGCUUAUCUUUCACUUUUUCAGUAAACUAAAACGUCACUACUUCCACGUCUAGUUGUUGGAAUGGAGCCAGAGUCAGCUGGAUCUGCUCUUCCUGCCCAGUGCGCGCUGCCGAAUCAGGGUAAACAAAUUCUGUCUGGAAUAACAGCCUUGGCACGACACCUGCAUGUGUGGUAUCAACCGAAACAUCUGAAUCUCAGCUAAAAGCUCAUAUAAACCAUUUCUACAUCAAACCAUUUCUACAUCCAACUAUCACAGCGAAAAGAAGAAACAGUAAAAAGACUAGUUGCGUCAUUUAGCCGCCUUUGUUGUAGCGUUUUUGUUAAAUAUUAAUUGCGUCGCAUGACGCACAGAUAGUUUGCUAUGCUAUAGUGAAUUAAUUAAAAAGAGGGGUCAGUCGUGCAGUUCGACCAACAGAAACCGAAGUUACAGCCUGUUAGUUAGUUCAAAGGGACAGAGGGCAUUUAAACUGACAGUAGAGCAAGGAAAAAACGGCCCAGUGUUCGUGAGAGUGGUUGGCAACUCUCCAAAAAAAAAUUUUUUUUAAGCAUGUCAAUAAAGUUAAAUAAUUUCUGCUGUUCAAAAAACUUCAACUGACCAACGUUCAGUCAUCCAUCCAAAUGUGCCAAACCACCUGAUGAUCUUUCACUCUUUCACUUCAGAUGUAUAUAUAGAGUUUGUAAUGGCAGAGAAGUACUGCAUUCAUUUUGAGCAUGUCAAACAGGUUUCCUUUGACAGAAGCCUUUCUUUCUUUCUUUUAACAUGAAUGUAUCUUGCUGUGUAGAGUAACAUUUCAGUGGGUUUUGCAUUCAACUUUGGUACUGCUCUCACACCAAGUAAAUCUGGGGGGAUCUCUGAUACCAAAUACCUGAGCUCACACUUAAACUUAUGAAGUCAGACGGGUGCAUAGACAAUACACAGCUGAAUGUGAUUCACUGAACUGCUGGAAACUGCAUUAACAAAUAACUGCAAACCUUUUAAUUGGCCCUAAAACUAAAUCCAACCAGCUUAUUUACAGGUCAGGGGCAUUAGCUGACAGAGAAAAGUCCAUUCACACUGAUUUUACGACAAACAUUGACUUCUUCCAUCUCAGGAGUAUUGCCAAGAUGUGAUAUUUCCUGAGUCAGCGUGACUCUGGAAAAACGUCUGUGCAUUCAUCUCUAACUGGAAAACUGUACGGCUGCAGACUUCAAACCUCCCAAACUCUAAACAAAUGGCAGAGAGCACAUCAGCCCAGGUUUGCUACUCACAAUCCCACAGAGCUGAUUUUAAACAACACUGUGGAACGAUGAGUUAGAAAAAGAAACUGCCAAGCACAUAUUUAGCCAACCAGCGAUUAAAAAAAAACACACACACCAAAUUCUUUAUCAGUGUCACGUCAGCAUUAUGCUUCUAAGUCUGUUUGCUUUUAUAUUUUUAUUUUUAGAUUGUGUUUUUCUAAGUUUACGUUUAUUAUGAUGGCCAUUAGCUGCGGGCGUCACCGAUCUUUACAUUUUAACAAUGCAUUACAAAUUAGGCCUCACAUCAGGGUCAAUAUUGACAACGUGUGUGUAACGUUAGCUUGAUGGACUGUCAUUACUACACCACACAUAAUAUUUCAAAUUCAUGUUGCCAAUUUUAACAGUCGUCAAAGGUCAGACGAUAAUCCAGUUUCACUGGUUUCUUGUAUUAUAUGUAUUGGUCACAGGUUCUUGUACAAAACUGUUCUUUUGAGUGAACUGGUUCUUGCUUUGGGGAAUAAAAACCUUCUGUCUA